UUGACACAACUCAGCUGAUGAGUGUUUUGAGGUAUAACACUUUUGAUUCUUCAAAUCAAACCAAAACCAUUCGGUGGUGAAGUUGAUACGGAUAGUGGAUUGAAUUUGUGGAUGCGAUUUUAUUAUUAAUAAAUAAAAGGAUUUAUAAAUAAGUACUUUCAAGAUGAUGCGAUAUGAGGGUGAGGAAAAGCUGGCUGAUAAUACAGCCUGCGCUGGUGUUCGAGCAGACUUGAAAAUGUGCCUCCUAGAGAGUGAUUGCUGCAAAAAGGAUCAUAAAACUCCACGAGAAUGCCUGCAAGCGCAUAAUGUUCCUGAUGAAUGCCAGGUGCUCAGAAACACAUUUUUCGAAUGCAAAAGAUCUAUUUUGGACAAUAGACAGAGAUUCCGUGGACGAAAAGGGUAUUGAAUGUUAUUAUUUUUAUAAGUUAUAUAAAUGUGAACAAUAAGAAAAUUUAAAAAUACAUAAAAUUCAUUUCUGUAAA